CCGCAAUGCCACUUACGCCAUCGAAGCGUGUCAGCAUUUCUGCCACGCGCGUACACAGCUUAGCUGUAACUGGCUACUCUCGCAAUGUCUCUGAGGGGAAAAUACGUACCGAUCCUGCAGGUGUCAAUAGGCGUCAUUGCGAGGCCCCGUCCCGCCCGGACAGCCUCCCGAAGCUCCACGUCCAGCUUCAACGCUAGCCACGAUGUUUGGGACCGUUGAUCUUGUGCCUAAUAUACCCGUCCGAAAAUUCGCUAUGGUUUUGAGGCUCAUUGCGAUCCCGGAAGAAUACCACGAUGAGAGACCAACAGGCCUCCGUUAAUGAGACGGACUCGAUGCAGCUCGACAAAGAAAACAACAUAUGCGUUGAUCAUACUCUUGCUGAGAAGCCAUCCGGAGACGACGAGCCAGACGACCUAGGAACACAUACGAAAAACUUUCACAGUCCACCCGCUUCGCCUACCAUCCAACAAGCCGAGGAUGACGACGAUAGUGAUGCGGCAUCCAUUGGCGGGCAAAGAAACACCAUGACAUCUACCCAACUCCGAAUCGCCAUUCCAGCUCUAUCAGUCUGCCUCUUCGUCUCGUUUAUCGACCAAACUAGCGUUUCAACAGCAACACCUGCAAUCGCUGUGGAUUUGAACACCGGAACAGCAACAUCAUGGAUCGGUACAUCGUUUCUCAUCGCAUCGACGGCGUUCCAACUGAUCAAUGGCCGUCUAUCGGAUAUCUUUGGUCGUAAGAAUCUGUUACUGAUUAGUCUUACGUUGAUGGCUCUGGGAGACCUUGGAUGUGGUUUCGCGCGAACAGCAGUGCAGCUGUUUGUCCUACGUGCCAUUGCGGGUAUCGGCGGCGGUGGCAUUAACAGUCUUGUAAUGAUUAUCGUCAGCGAUAUCACAACGUUGCAAAACCGCGGCAAAUAUCAGGGAUGGCUGGGUGCAAUCAUCGCUUUGGGAAACGGCGCAGGCCCCUUCCUUGGAGGCGCCAUCGUUGAAGGGGCGACUUGGAGGUGGGUAUUUUGGAUAAUACCUAUUAUGAGUGUGCCCACUUCCAUGGUUAUCCUAUUCUUCCUACCGCUAAAGCAUCGAUCUGGCGAUCACCUCGAAAAGAUCAAGAAGAUUGAUUACGGCGGUAUGCUGCUAAACAUUGCAUCCACCCUGCUCCUGCUCAUUCCAUUAUCAGGGGGCGGUGUAACCUACGCAUGGGCCUCUCCAUUUUUCAUCGCUUGCACUGCUAUUGGUGCAGUGUUAGGCGUACUAUUCGUGCUCUACGAGUGGAAACUUGUGGCUCUUCCAAUCAUGCCACUUCGACUGUACCGCGCACCGCACUGUUGGGCACUAUAUCUGCAGACAUUCCUCAUAGGUCUUGCGUACUUCGGCAACUUUUUCUACCUUCCAAUUUACUUCCAGUCGGUUCUCAGGUAUUCGCCCCUGGUUUCCGGUGCCUUGAUCCUGCCGGUGGUUAUCACGACCUCUUUCACGUCUAUCGCAUCAGGCCAGUACAUGAACAGGGUCGGCAGCUAUAUGCACUGCAUCCUGCUCGGCUUUGGUUUGUGGACUCUAGGCAAUGGCCUCACCUUAUUAUUCGACCGAGAUACGAGUCUUGCUGUGUUGAUCGUUGUCCUCAUCAUAGAAGGUGCUGGUAUUGGUCUGACGCUCCAGCCGACACUUGUGGGCAUGUACGCCAAUAGUCGCGCAGAGGAUCGUGCAGUGACGACCGGCUUGCGUAACUUUAUCCGCACUAUUGGUGGUGCUUUUGGCUUGGUCAUCUCCGGUGUCAUCCUCUCAAAUACGCUCAGUCGAGACUUGUCGAACAGGUCUUUCGUGUCAGACGAUCUGAUGAGCCAACUAACAUCCUCAACGUACGACCUUGACCAGUUUGGUCUUUCCCAAGACCAAAAGCAAGACGUUUUCGACACGUAUAUGCUUGGCCUACACUACAUUUUCAUCUUUUUCACUGUUUGCUCCGGUCUAAGCUUGUCUUUGACAUUCUGGGUUGGUAACACUAGUCUGAAAGCACCCAAAAAGCUGGACGAGGAAGGAGCACAGCCGACAAUACCGCCGGAUGAGCCUCAACAAGAAAUUAUCCAUGGCGAAGAAGUUGAGACAAAGCAAAGGAUGUCUGAUGAGAAAUCGAGGAUAGGAGACGCCGUAUAGCAAACAACGUCUGCUCAAGUCGAAUAGCGACAUGACGAAUUCAUGAGAUAUACGGCCGAGACAGCGAAUCAUCAAAGCAUUUUUGCACACAAUCAAAGGUUCUCUGUGACACCCAAUUAUUAGCAUAUUGUGACACC